CGGGUGAGCGAAGGGAUAAUAAGAGCGCGGCCGCGCAGAAAGAAACUUCCCAGCGCAGCGGAAAGUUCGCGGAAAGAGUUCAAUGCCCGGAGUGCGGGCGGAGGUUUUUCGCCUCCGUCAGCUACCACAUGCCUCCCUUUCCCUUGGCAGCAGAGGCAGCCGGGGCCGAAGCCGAGAUAACUUUUCGCGGAGCUCCCCCCGUCCCUCCGCUUCCCUUUCCUUGCCCAGCUCUACUCUCACCUAAUAACAAAGGAGGAGUCCCGGGGGAAGGCCGGGACGAGCCGAGGGACCGCCCCGUCGCCACCGCCCCCUUCUUCUAAAGUUGAGCUUGCCCGGCUGGUGAGAGAGAAAGGCGCUUCCCUCCCUCUCUCCUUCCCUCCUUAGGGCGAAGCAGCCGGUGGAAGCGGAGCGGCCAAAGGGUUCGCGGGGCUGCAAACGAAAGAGCAGCCGAGCGCGUCGGGCGAAAGUUGGCUUUGCUUUUUAGCGACUUGUUUCAUAAGCUGCGGCGGGGGCGGUUUGCCUGAGGCGGUUGCUUCUCCGGGGUGGGGAGCGCUUUGGGUUUCUUUGGGACGGUUCUCGGGGAAGCCGCAGCAAACCCGCCACGGAGCGGGACCUUGAGGAUCGACCGUCCGGCGCAUUUCAAAGUCUCUGCCUCCUCCUCCUCCUCCCCUCACCCUCCCGCAGAUAUUAAUUUCAUAACAGCCAAGAGUGUGAGUUCAGCAUGCAGAGAUUUUAAAUAAUUCUAUAUCGUGAUUUUGAACUGGGAGAAAAAAGGAUGGCCAAAGUUUUGGAUAUUGAUAAAGAAUCUGAGGGAGGUAACAAUGAAUUUAGCAACAUCAUUAAAUCCAGAUCUGAUGAACACAGAGAUGUACAAAAGAAAACCUUCACCAAGUGGAUAAAUACUCGUUUUUUGAAGUUUGGAAAACAGCCAAUAAAGGAUAUAUUCACAGAUCUUCGAGAUGGGAGGAAACUCUUAGAUCUGUUAGAAGGGCUAACAGGGAACCCACUGUUAAAAGAACGUGGAACUACUAGAGUCCAUGCUUUGAAUAAUGUCAACAAAGUACUUCAGGUUUUACAUCAGAACAAUGUGGAUCUGGUGAACAUCGGAGGGACAGACAUUGUUGAUGGAAAUCACAAACUGACACUUGGAUUGUUAUGGAGCAUAAUUUUGCACUGGCAGGUUAAAGAUGUAAUGAAAGAUAUAAUGUCAGAAUUACAGCAAACCAAUAGUGAAAAGAUCCUGUUGAGCUGGGUGCGGCAGUCCACAAAAUCAUAUAAUGAAGUGAAUGUUUUGAAUUUCACCACCAGCUGGACAAAUGGGCUUGCCUUCAAUGCAUUGAUUCACAAGCAUAGACCUGAGCUCUUCAGCUGGGAUAAAGUCACCAAAAUGGCUCCACAUGAAAGAUUAGAACAUGCCUUCAACAUAGCUAAAAAUUACUUGGGAAUAGAAAAAUUGCUAGACCCUGAAGAUGUUGCUGUACAGCUUCCUGAUAAGAAAUCCAUUAUAAUGUAUUUGACAUCUUUAUUUGAGGUCCUUCCUCAGCAAGUUACCUUGGAAGAUAUUCGAGAAGUAGAGACUCUUCCAAGAAAAUAUAAAAAGGAAUGUGAAGAAGAUAUACAGUAUGCAACUUCUGAAGGUAACUGUGCAGUUCUAAAAGCAGAAGCAUCCAGCACCUUGACUGAAGUGGAUAUGGACUUGGACAGCUACCAGAUAGCUCUGGAGGAAGUUCUCACUUGGCUGCUCUCUGCAGAAGAUGCCCUCCACGAGCAGGAAGUCAUAUCUGAUGAUGUUGAGGAAGUCAAGAGACAAUUUACUACACAUGAAGAAUUUAUGAUGGAGCUGACAGCACAUCAGAGCAGUGUGGGCAGCGUGCUUCAGGCUGGUAAUCAACUGAUAGCCCAGGGCAAUAUUUCAGUAGAGGAAGAAAAUGAAAUCCAGGAACAAAUGAUCUUGUUAAAUUCUAGAUGGGAGAGCCUCAGAGUGGACAGUAUGGACCGCCAAUCCUACCUCCAUGAUGCGCUGAUGGAGCUACAGAAAAGUCAAUUGCAGCAGCUGUCUGACUGGUUGACUGUUACAGAGGAACGCAUUCGAAAGAUGGAAUCUCAGUGCUUAGUUGAAGACUUGGAGACCUUUCAACAACAGAUGGAUGAACAUAAAGAGCUCCAAAAAGGUAUCGAAGCAGAACAGGUUAAAGUCAAUUCCUUGACUCACAUGGUGGUCAUUGUUGAUGAAAAUAGUGGCGAGAGUGCUACGGUUCUCUUGGAGGAUCAAUUGCAAACACUUGGUGAGCGCUGGACUGCAGUUUGCCGUUGGACUGAGGAGCAAUGGCUCAAAUUGCAAGAGAUUAAUACCUCGUGGCAAGAAUUGUUGGAAGAACAGUGUAUGUUGAAAGCCUGGUUGGUUGAAAAAGAAGAGGCUUUAAGCAGAAUACAGACAUGCAACUUUAAAGAUCAAACAGAGCUGGGUGCAAAUGUUCAAAAGCUGGCAAGUCUGAAAGAAGACAUGGGAAAGAAGCGCCAGAUGUUAGAGCAGCUGAAUGAGAUGGCCCAUGAUUUGGCACAGCUCCUGAACAACAAGAAGGCAUUAAAAAAAAUUGACAGUAAUCUUGAAGAACUCACGCAGAGAUGGGACAACUUAGUUCAGAAACUUGAGGAUUACUCUAAUCAGGUUACUGAGGCAAUUGUAAAAGUUGGAAUGCCCCAGAUUUCUCAGAAUGUUCUCACCGAAACAAUCUUUGUUGAGAAACAAAAGACAGCCCAGGCUAGCCAAAUGGAACAAUCUCCACCACCUCUACCAAGGAGGCGGCAAACUGGCCUGGAUACUGAAAUGAGAAAAAAGCUUGAUGUUGAAAUUGCCGAGUUGUUGAAUGGGAUUUUAAAAUCAAAAGCUGCCAUUCAGGCCAUAGAGAUCAAAGAGUACAAGAAGAUGAGAGAGACUUCAGGCAUGAAGGAAAAACUGAAGGCAAUAAAGAAAGAAAGAGUGGAAAAAGAGAAAAUGUUGAAUGAAUUGAAACAGACUGCAGAAAAUCUGCUAGACCAAAUGGGAAAAGAAGGGCUUCCUACUGAAGAAACAGGCAACGCCCUUAAGAGGCUCUUGGCAGAGUGGAAAGGGGCUGCUUGCUACUUGGAGGAAGUAGCAAGAAAAGUUCAAUAUCAGGAUGAAAUCAAUAUUUACUUUAGUGAAUUGGGUAAGCUCGAUAAGUCUGUGAGCGAGAAAGAAGCAUGGCUGCAAGACAAUUCUGCAGUUGAGGAUCAACCAUUAGCAGUGCUACAGGAGUCGUGCCAGGGGGAACUCACAAACCUCUUAAGUCUGACUCCUCAAAUGGAACACCUGAAGAUCAAGUGCAAGGAGCUGACAUCUCACCCUGCUGCUCCAGACUUUAUUGAAGAUAGCUUUUGCUCUUUGAACAGCCACUUCAGUUCUGCCCAGCAGGAACUAGAACUUCUUCUGCAGAAACUGAAGAGAGAACUUGAAAGUCAUCCCCCCAAGACUUACUUGGAUUCUUUGAAAAAAAUUAAGGAUGAGGUGAAUGAAUUGGAAAGCAAAGUGCACUCCAUCAUGAAUUCAGUAAAUGACUUGACUCAGGUUGAAAAAGCCUUGCAGCAGAUGAAGAUGGUUUGUGAAACCCUAGAAAAUCAAAAAGGCAUGGUUGAUAAACUUGUUGCAGACACACAAGUAUUGGAGAAGCAUAUUUCUGCUGAAAAGUCAAAACUAUACAAGCAAGAAUUGAAAUGUUUUCAAGGAUACAGGGACAAAUUGAAACUAAAGAUUUCUAAAGAUGUUCACUUAUUGGAAGAAACUGUUUCCAAAUUGAGGACAUUUGAGGCUGAUUCAAAAGUAGUUCAGAGGUGGCUGGAUUCUGUGAAAGAUUUCCUAAUGAAAGACCAAAUCAAGCAAACAGAACCUGAAGGUCUUCAGAGACAGCUUGAUCAAUGCAUGCUGUUUAUUAUUGAAAUGGAAAAAAUUGAAUUGUCUCUAAAAGAGAUGAAGGAAAUAGAGUCUUCUUUAAGAGGCCAGCCUGUUAAUGCUUGGGUGAAAUCCAAACUGACAGACAUUCAAUCCCAGUGGGACAAACUAAGCAAGCAGAUCAUUUGCCAUAAAAAUCAAUUAUCGGAAAAUCAAGAAAAAGCUGUUAAUCUCAAAAAGGAUUUGACAGAAAUGCAAGAAUGGAUGGCUCAGGCUGAAGAGGAAUAUUUGGAGAAAGAUUUUGAAUAUAAGAAUCCAGAUGAGCUAGAGAAUGCAGUGGAAGAAAUGAAGAGAGCUAAAGAAGAUGUGCUGCAGAAAGAAGUGAGGGUGAAAAUUCUGAAAGACAGCAUCAAAAUGCUAGCUGCUAAACUGCCAUCUGGUGGUCAGGACUUAACAACGGAGCUCAACCUUGUAUUGGAGAAUUACCAGCUACUGUGCAACAGGAUCAGAGGGAAAUGCCACACUUUGGAGGAAGUAUGGUCUUGUUGGAUUGAACUGCUACACUAUCUGGACCUAGAAACAGCCUGGCUGAAUACUUUGGAAGAGAAAAUGAAAACAACUGAACACUUGCCAGAGAAAAUAGAUGCUGUCAGUGAAGCCCUUGAGUCACUGGAAUCUAUUCUGCGCCAUCCAGCUGACAAUCGGACUCAAAUUCGGGAGCUUGGUCAAACACUGAUAGAUGGAGGCAUCCUUGAUGAAAUCAUCAGUGAAAAGUUGGAAGUUUUCAAUGCCCGUUAUGAGGAAUUAAGUCAUGUGGCAGUCAGUAAACAGAUUUCUUUGGAGCAACAACUUCAGAUGAUGCGAGAAACUGAGCACAUGUUGCAGGUUCUUCAGGAAAGCUUGAAAGAUUUGGAUAGGCAGCUAACAUCCUAUUUGACCAAUAGAAUAGAUGCCUUCCAAAUGCCUCAAGAGGCACAGAAAAUCCAAGCUGAGAUUGCUGCUCAUGAGUCCACUUUGGAAGAGCUUAGAAAGAAUGUCUAUUCUUUAAUGCCACCUUCACCAGAGUGUCGAUCUCCCCGUGGUGGGACUCAUUUGGAUGUCUUGCAGAGAAAGCUCCGGGAAGUAUCUACGAAGUAUCAGCUGUUCCAGAAACCAGCAAAUUUUGAGCAGCGUAUGCUGGAUUGUAAACGAGUUCUGGAUAGUGUAAAAGUUGAACUCCAUAUCUUGGAUGUGAAGGAUAUUGAUCCGGAUAUCAUUCAGUUUCACUUUGAUAAGUGCAUGAAACUCUAUAAGACCCUGAGUGAAGUAAAGCUUGAAGUGGAGACAGUGAUCAAAACAGGGAGGCAGAUUGUACAGAAGCAGCAGACAGACAACCCCAAAAGCAUGGAUGAACAACUGACAGCACUGAAAUUCCUUUAUAAUGAUUUGGGAGCGCAGGUGACAGAAGGAAAACAAGAUCUAGAGCAGGCAUUGCAACUCUCAUGCAAAUUCAAUGAAGUCUCCCACUCCUUAUCCAAAUGGUUAGAGGUGACAGAAGCUGAACUGGUGCAUAAGUCCACGUCAGAACGUACACUUUCUGAUCUGGACACUGAAAUUGCUUGGGCGAAGAAUGUGCUGAGAGAAUUGGAGAGGAAGAAAGUAGAUUUGAACAGUGUAACAGAAAGCAGUGCUGCACUGCAGGCCUUAGUGGAUGGAAGUGAAACUCCGCUGGAGGAAAAACUCUGUGUUCUUAAUGCAGGAUGGAGUAGAGUCCGGACCUGGACCGAAGAUUGGUAUAAUACACUUCUGAAUCACCAAAGUCAACUGGAGAUUUUUGAUGAGAACGUUGCCCACAUAAGCACUUGGCUGUACCAAGCUGAAGCUCUGUUGGAUGAAAUUGAGAAAAAGCCUGCCAACAAGAAAGAAGAGACAGUGAAGCGCCUAACAUCAGAAUUGGAUGCUGUUAGUCUCAGAGUUGAUAAUGUACGUGACCAAGCUGUUAUGCUGAUGAGCGGUCGUGGCGUAUCAUGUCAUGAGCUUGUAGAACCCAAAUUGACUGAACUGAAUAGGAACUUCGAAAAAGUAUCACAGCACAUCAGAAGUGCCAAGAUGCUGUUCAGUCAGGAUGCUCAUAAAAGGUUUGCUAAGCAGGAGCUCUGUGGAAUUGCAGUGGCUUCUAAAGACCUUGAUAAAUUUGAAUGCGAGAUAAAGGAAAUGCUGAACAUGGUGGAAAAGCACAUGGAAUCAAAAGAAGAUGAUGAAAAGCUGGAUGAAGAAAGAGCUCAAAUUGAGGAAGUUCUGCAAAAAGGUGAGCAUUUGUUACAGCAGCUCAUGGAAGAUAACCGGAGAGAAAAAAUUCGUUUGCAGCUCCUCCUCCUUCAGACCAAGCAAAGCAGUGCAAAGGAGCUUCGGUCAUUACAAAGGAGGCAGGUAUUAGAACUUUCACCUUCCCUUACUCCAUAUGAAAUGGAAGCAGAGAGUCACUUGCAGUGGCUUAGUGAAACAGAUACAAGCCUUUCUGGACUUCAAGAAGCAGAAGAGAGGGAGAAAACAAAGGCAACUCCACAAAGGAUUCAAGGGUCUCAGUCAUCAAUGACCAGGGAAUCUCCAUUCCCUGCAGAAUACCUGGUUGAAAUUAACAAGAUUUUGCUGGUUAUAGCUGAUGCUGAGCUCUUGCUAAAUGCUCCAGAACUUCAUUCAGCAAUCUAUGAAGACUUUUCUAUCCAAGAAGAUUCAUUAAAGAAUAUAAAAGAUAUGUUGGAUAAAUUAGAGGAUCAGAUUGCUGUUAUUCAUGAAAAACAACCUGAUGUUACACUAGAGGCAUCUGGACCUGAAGCUGUUCAAAUAGAAGAUUCACUAACCCAGCUUAAUGCAGAAUGGGAUCGAAUUAACAGAUUGUACAAUGAUCGCAAAUGUAGUUUUGAUAAGUCUAUAGAGGAGUGGAGACAGUUCCAUUGUGAUCUAAAUGAUCUCUCACAGUGGCUAACAGAAGCAGAAGGGUUGCUGGCUGAAGCCCAUGCUCCAGAUGGCAGCCUGGAUAUAGAAAAAGCCAGGAUACACCAGCAGGAACUUGAAGAGGGAAUCAGCAGCCAUAAACUCAGUUUCUCAACACUGAAUAGAACAGGAGAGGAAAUAAUCCAGAAACUUUCCAAUACGGAUGGAAACUUCCUGAAAGAAAAACUAGCUGGGCUGUAUAAACACUGGAAAAACAUCAAUGCUGAAGUCAUGGAAAGGCAACAGAGACUGAAAGGAAAAAAUCAGCAGUUAAUAGAUUUCACAAGAAAACUAGAAGAAAUUAGUUGCUGGGUGGAAAAUGUAGAAAAUUCCCUGGAUGAGAAGCCUGCAAUCAGUCUUGAAGAGAAUUUACAAGAAUUAAUGGGUCUGAUUAAGGAAAUGGAUAUACAAGGAGAGAAACUUAACUGGCUAAAUAGAAAAGAAGCAGAGGUACUUUCAAAUACAAGCAUUGGGCCUCAGGAAAGAGACAAUAUUGCUAAUAGACUGAAGACCCUGAAUAUUAAAUGGAAGAAGGUGUUCAAGGAAGCACCCACCAGAUUGAGAGAACUGGAGGGGGAUGUUCAUCAGCAGCAUCUUGUGCCAAAGUCCUCUGGUUUCCCUGUUCACCAAACAACAGUGCUUGGGUCUUCUGCCUCAGAAAAUGUGGCACAAACUCAGCAUCAUUUGGAAAUCUCGACACCUGCUGAUUUGGAUCAGACUACAACAGAAUUGGCUGACUGGUUGGCAUUGAUCGACCAGAUGCUAAAGUCCAAUAUAGUUACUGUUGGAAAUAUUGAAGAAAUCAAUCGGAUGAUUGCACGCAUGAAGAUAACAGAAGGGGAUUUAGAACAUCGACAUCCCCAGUUGGAUUACGUUUUUACUUUGGCUCAAAAUCUGAAAAACAAAACUUCAAGUUCUGACUUAAGGACAGCAAUCACAGAGAAAUUGGAGAAAGUUAAGAACCAGUGGGAUGGUACUCAGCAUGGGGUUGAAGUACGUCAGCAUCAGCUGAAAUGCAUGCUUACUGACAGCAUAAAAUGGGAUGACCAGAAGCAAGAAAUGGAGAAGAUAAUUGGACAGUAUGAGGUCCAUCUACAUGCUCUCUUACAGUCUUCUAAAGAAAAGCUUACCAAACAAAUUUCAGAAAACAAAAUAUUAAUGCAAGAUCUAGAUAAAGGAGAUGCCAGGAUCAUUUCAUUUAAUGAGCUGUCAAGUAAACUUCUUCAAGAUUACAGUGGUGAUGACACAAGAAAUGUGAAGGAAAUUAUGAAUCACUUGAAUACCUCAUGGAUUAACCUGAAGCACAGAACUUGCAAUAGGCAGAAUUGUUUGGAGGCUGACCUGAAGACAGUACAUGCCUUGCUCAGAGACCUUGAAAAGUUCCUCAAGUGGAUACAAGAAGCAGAAGCGACAGUUAAUGUCCUUGCAGAUGCAUUGCAACGGGAACCCACUACUUCGGGAAGGGGUCCUGGAAGGGAACUGAAGAAGCAGAUUGAGGACAUCCAGGCUGAAAUUGAUGCUCACAAUGAUAUCUUCAAGAGCAUUGAUGGAAACCGGCAGAAGAUGGUAAAAGCGUUGGGCAAUUCUGAAGAGGCUGCACUAUUACAACAUCGUAUUGAUGACAUGAACCAACGCUGGAAUGAUCUAAAAGCAAAAUCAGCCAAUAUCAGGGCUCAUUUGGAGGCAAGUGCAGAGAAAUGGAGUAAAUUACUGAUGUCACUGGAAGAACUUAUCAAGUGGCUAAAUUUGAAAGAUGAUGAAUUAAAGAAGCAGAUGCCUGUUGGUGGAGAUGUUCCAACUUUACAGCAGCAACAUGACCACUGUAAAGCACUCAGACGUGAGCUGAAGGAAAAAGAGCAAAUGAUUUUAAGUGCUGUUGAUCAAGCACGAAUGUUCCUUGCCGACCAACCAAUUGAAGGGCCGGAAGAGCCAAGAAAAAACUUACACUCAAAGUCAGAGUUGACCCCUGAAGAAAAAGCACAGAAGAUUGCUAAAGCUAUGCGCAAACAGUCUGCGGAAGUGAAGGAGAAGUGGGAAAGCCUAAAUACCUGUGCCAGUGGUUGGCAAAAACAGAUAGAUCAAGCCCUAGAGAAACUGAAGGACCUGCAGUGUUCCAUGGAUGACCUGGAUGCAGACUUGAGAGAGGCAGAGAAUGUGCGAAAUGGUUGGAAACCUGUUGGAGACAGGCUGAUGGCCUCAUUGCAGGAUGAAGUUGAUAAGACAACUGCCUUUAGAGAAGAAAUUUCACCAAUCAGCUUGAAAAUCAAAUGCAUCAAUGACUUAUCCAGUCAACUCUCUCCACUUGAUCUUCAUCCAUCCUUGAAAGUUUCACGACAGCUAGAUGAUUUGAACAUGCGGUGGAAACUUCUACAGAUAUCGGUAGAUGAUCGUAUUAAACUACUACAAGAAAUACACCAUGAUUAUGAACCUGAAUCUCAAGAUUUUCUUUCCACCUCUGUACAACUACCAUGGCAGAGAUCGGUGUCUCAUAACAGUGUUCCAUACUACAUUAAUCAUCACACACAAACAACAUCCUGGGAUCAUCCUAAAAUGAUUGAACUAUUCCAAUCACUAUCUGAUUUGAACAACGUGCGCUUUUCUGCUUAUCGUACAGCCAUCAAGAUCCGGAGACUACAAAAAGCUUUGCGUUUGGACCUCUUGGACUUACACUCAACGAACGAAGCUUUUAAACAGCACAAAUUGAUUCAGAAUGAUCAGCUCCUUUGCGUUCAGGAUAUCAUCGGAUGCCUCAGUACGAUUUACAGUGGAAUGGAAGACAAGCAUGAAGAUCUUGUAAACAUUCCACUCUGCGUAGAUAUGUGUCUCAACUGGCUGCUCAAUGUUUAUGAUAGUGCCCGGACUGGAAAAGUCAGAGUGCAAUCCCUGAAGAUUGGCUUGAUAUCUCUUUCUAAGGGUCUCUUGGAAGAAAAAUACAGAUAUCUCUUUAGAGAAGUGGCCGGACCAACCGAAAUGUGUGACCAGAGGCAGCUUGGCUUGUUAUUGCACGAUGCUAUCCAAAUCCCACGACAGCUUGGGGAAGUAGCCGCUUUUGGAGGCAGUAAUAUUGAGCCCAGUGUCCGCAGCUGUUUCCAGCAGCAUAAUAAUAAGCCAGAAAUUGAUGUAAAGCAGUUCAUAGACUGGAUGCGCCUGGAGCCACAAUCUAUGGUAUGGUUGCCAGUUCUACACAGAGUAGCAGCUUCAGAAACAGCAAAACAUCAGGCCAAGUGCAACAUCUGUAAAGAAUGUCCAAUUGUUGGCUUUAGUUCAGUAACUGAAUCUGAAUUCAUUACAAGUGUUAUUACCAAUGUUCCCAAAUUGUAUGGAAAUUCCUAA